CCGCCAUUUACAACCAUCUGAUACAGCGAUCAGCUGGAAACACACACACACGCACGCAGCCCGCACGUUAUUCAUCGCUGCUAUUAUUAUUAUUUUUGGGGGGAGGAAUUUUUCCCUUCCCACUCCGAGAGGAAGGCAUGGAAUAUUUCGUGGUGCCCACUCAGAAGGUAUCUUCAUUCCAGGAAUUCAGGAAGAGUGAGAAAGAAGUGAUAGGAGGUCUCUGUAGCUUGGCUAACAUUCCACUGUCCCAGGAAUCUCAGAGAGAUCAGGAGAGGAGGAUACGGAGAGAGAUCGCUAACAGCAAUGAGCGACGUCGAAUGCAAAGCAUCAACGCCGGCUUUCAGUCCCUGAAGACACUCAUCCCACACACAGAUGGCGAGAAACUCAGCAAGGCAGCCAUUUUGCAGCAAACUGCAGAAUAUAUAUUCUCGCUCGAGCAGGAGAAAACACGGCUACUUCAACAGAACUCGCAGCUGAAGCGUUUCAUUCAGGAGUACAGCGGCUCCUCUCCCAAACGGAGGCGUGCAGAGGAUAAAGACGAAGGAAUUGGCUCCCCUGAUGUGUGGGAGGAUGAGAAGCUAGAGGACCUGAAACGGGAGAUGAUCGAACUGCGGCAGCAGCUGGAUAAAGAACGCUCGGUUAGGAUGAUGCUGGAGGAACAGCAGGUUCGCUCGCUGGAGGCCCACGGUUACCCCGAGAAGCUAAAGGCUAUCGCGCAACACGUACAGCUGCAACAGCAGCACCUGGAACAGUCCAAGGUGCUUCAGCAGGGCGAGCUGCAGGACCUUGAACCCCGACACAUGACACAGCUGCUGCCGGCACACAUCAUCCCAGCACCAACCCACCACCCCACUGUUAUAGUGCAGACUCCACCUCCGCUGCCUUCGCACCAAGUCACUGUGGUGACGAUGGGACCUUCCUCAGUCAUCAACAGCUCCUCCACUACGUCAAGACAGAACCUCGACACCAUUGUGCAGGCGAUCCAGCACAUUGAGGGAACUCAGGAAAGGCCAGAAGAGGAGCAGCGACGAGUAGUGAUUGUCCAGCCCAGCCGAGCUUGGUCUGAUACUGAGUCAGAUAGGGAGGAGAAUGAGGCAACAGAAAAUGGAAAGCUGGGCAAGGAGAAGGGGCCCGUGGAGAGGGUGCUCCCGUGACACUGGAGCUGCACCACACUGGGAUCGAUCCAGGUGGCAUUCCCUGUGUUAUUCUCAGAAAAAGGAAUUAAACAGUUGGAGUAUCUUUUGGACUUUCCCAAUACUGUAAACAGUAAUAGCCGGGAGUGAUUGGCUAUUGAAAUCUGGACCAUACCAGAGGGGAUCUCAACAUCCUUUCUCAUGACUACCUUGGAAUCCAUAGCUGAAGAGUUGCUGAAGGACAUUUUAGCAACCUUUUGUUCUGGGGGAGGGGGGUGGAAUUUCAAGCACUUACCAAUUUGUUCAGUCCACUGAGGGGAUGUCCUCGGUGUGACUGCAACCACUUCAGUAAUCACCCCCCUUUAUUGUACUGAUGUAGUUCUUUUUUUUAAGCAGUGUCCUUUCAUGUAGUUUGUUUUGUUAGUUCCUCCCAUCUCUUCCUGUAUCUGUAUUUGAGUUAUAAGUUGAGACGAGGUUUGUGUUCAUGGAAAAACUAUUAUAUUUUGUUAAAGAAAGUGGAAAAAAAGGCACCUGCCAUGCAAAGAGAGAAAUAAAAUUUGUACUUUGUUUUUAUUUUAA